CGUUUUGGUUUUGGCGUGCCUCUUCCUAUUGAGUCCGAGUCCAAGUCUCAGUCCCACUCCCACUCUCAGUGCCCAGUGCCAGUAAGAGUCUUGAACCCCCGUCGCCGACUUUGUUCUUCCUUGUGAACGACAACCCAUCACAACAUUCAGUAAAUAAUAUCUUCCUCACCCUCCACGCGAUCUCUUCGUUUACUUUGACGAUCCGAUCCCGACUGUAACCUUACACACCCCCAACCUUUUUCUUCACCCACCACAACAUCAAACAAGAUGGCUACUGAGCGCGAAAGCAAGACUUUCCUCGCCCGUCUCUGCGAGCAGGCUGAGCGUUACGAUGAGAUGGUCACCUACAUGAAGGAGGUCGCCCACCUUGACGGCGAGCUCUCCGUGGACGAGCGCAACCUCCUCUCCGUCGCCUACAAGAACGUCGUCGGUACACGACGUGCUUCUUGGCGCAUCAUCUCCUCCAUUGAGCAAAAGGAGGAGUCCAAGGGUUCCGACAAGCACGUCUCUACCAUCCGCGAGUACCGCCAGAAGAUCGAGCUCGAGCUCGAGAAGGUUUGCCAGGAUGUUCUUGACGUCUUGGACGAGAGCUUGAUCCCCAAGGCUAUCACUGGCGAGUCCAAGGUCUUCUACCACAAGAUGAAGGGUGACUACCACCGAUACCUGGCCGAGUUCGCUUCCGGCGAGAAGCGUAAGGUUGCUGCUACUGCCGCACACGAGGCCUACAAGAGCGCAACCGACGUUGCCCAGACUGAGUUGACCCCCACUCACCCCAUCCGUCUCGGUCUUGCCUUGAACUUCUCCGUCUUCUACUACGAGAUCCUCAACUCGCCCGACCGUGCUUGCCACUUGGCCAAGCAGGCGUUCGAUGAUGCUAUCGCUGAGCUCGACUCCCUGUCCGAGGAGUCGUACCGUGACAGCACUCUGAUCAUGCAGCUUCUCCGUGACAACUUGACCCUCUGGACCUCGUCCGAUAACGCCGAGGGCGAGGCCGCCGCCGCCGACGCUCCCAAGGAGGACAAGCCCGCCGCCGAGGAGGAGAAGAAGGCUGAGGAGGCCCCCGCCGCCGCCCCUGCUGAGUCCUAAGCGAUUCGCAAACCUCAAAAACGCCUCCUCCAACCGUCUCUGGCCCGUUGACACAUGUGUACGCGGAUUAUUUUGAGGGCGGACUCGCGUCGAUACCCGGGGGAAACGGUUUUGCAGCUUGUGGGAUCGGUCAUGGAUGGUACAUUGGAGUUGGCUUUGAUGAUAGGGCUGGAAGAUGCAGGCCAUGAUUCCCUGGUCGUUUCUUUCGAGGCAUGAGUCGGCAGAGGCUGCGCAUAGUUCGUCAGUCCUUCUGCUUGGCAAUAGCUCUCAGCACGACACAAGGUCUCGUGUUUUCCCUAAGCCUCUGGCUAGUCUGGCAGGCUCUCAUG